GUUGGUUUCACCGUGCGUGUGUGCACAAGUGUUUGUAUCCACUGACCUACAAGUCGUUCUGAUAUAUGUAUCGAGGGAGCUUUUCCUUUUCCCACCUGUCUGCCGAUCAUUUCUCCAUCCUCAGUCUUGAGCCAGUCUUACUUACAGAAGCACUUCGAUCUCGAUAACGCUCUUAUUCGGAUCAUCCUUUACCAUCGCUCGAUCCAUCAACCAGAAGCGUUUACCCACCCCCAGACGUACUUCUGUGGGACCUCGGGCGUGCCCAAAUAUUCUUCCCUAACCUGCCGGCACCCCCGUUAUGGUAUGAACUCAUACAGAGUCGUCAGUGUCACCCGUUGUCCUUUAUAGCUCGGAUGUCCCUCCUCGACCUCUGAUUACAGCCGACCCCUGUGUUGUUUCCAUCCAUCCACCUUCCAACUCCAAAGAGUUCAUCUCAUCAUGCCUCGACUUCCAUAUUCGAAGCAUUAUACCGAAUUCGACAAUGCACUGAAAAAGGUCGACGAGAACACCAGUACCGGCCACAAGUCAACUCCGUCCUCGUCGACAUCAUCUACCCGCACGACCUCGGCUACAUCUCUCGAACCAACCACUGCGGUGGCCGAAUGGUGUCACCAGAUGCAUUUGAUGCAACAUCGAAAAUAUGACUGGUGUGAAGGGUGCCAUCCCAAGGUCCAACUCGCGCCUUUGAAAGUGCCCUCUCAGAAGGUUGUCCAACGACAAAUUCGAUCUCGACAGGAACCCACGCACGCUUAUCAGUGAUGGUUGGAGAUUUACUCUUGUGUGACUUUUGAGCAAGGCGUUGGUGGACAUGGAGGGAGACAGAAUCUUGAGUCUCACACCCCGGGUACAUAGACAGAUGUCGGAUAUGAUGAUUAGCACAGCAAGCUGAUGAGCGUUACGACAUCAUGAUAAUGACACCAUAUCUGCAUGGCUUUGCAGAAUGGAUUCAGUUCCCGUUGUUUGCUCUCGCUCCUUGGGUUCUCAAUCUUUCAAUCUUUUCUUGGAACCGACUCUCGUAUUCCUCCUGCUUGAAUAUCUAGC